UUAUGGCAUGUGCUGCAACCUUUGCCCAGCAAAUCUCUUUAUUAUUUCAGAACGAGCUGAAGAGGAAGACAAAAACACCAGUUGAAAGACAGGACUAGAAGAAAUACACCUGCUCUGUCAGUGAUCCCAGUCAUCCUAUUUUGUACAGGUUUUGCUACGAGACAGAGAGAUGGGUCGGUGGAGCUGCAGCUUCUUUGUGGUGUUUUUUCUUUGUGGAGCUUUUAUCACCGAAGCACAUCCUGGUCUUAUAUCUAAUGGGGACCACAAAGCCCCCCAGAGACAUCUCCUAACUGAGGAAGAGCCCACCCCCACUAAUAGUACUGUUGGACUUGAUAGGGCAGUCGAUCCAGGCGAGGACAAGAAGUCGCUGGAGUGGUCCUAUCUCGCCGCAGCCCUGGGCACAGUCCUCACCAUCUCACUCCUCAUCGCAAUGACUGUCAAGUUUCGCCUCUUCCAUCGCUUCCUGGCCAGCUACAGACACUCCCUGCUCCAGGAGGCCGACGGGGUCAGCCACUACGGUCAAGAGGAUGUGUCUUUCCCCAACAGCGUGUCGGGUAGACUGGGAGUGGUUGGAGGGACAAUCAGCGGGCUGGACGACGAUGAUGACGGCUUCAUUGAGGACAACUAUAUCCAGACCAGUGAGAAACACAGGGCAGAGAGAGAAAGAGAGGAGGAGGAGGGGAUAGAGGACAGCGACGAUGAUCUUGAGUUCACUAUAGGAUGAUUAGGUGACGGGAGACUUGAUCAAAAACAGCUGGUUUACAACUGAGAAGAAAUGACACAGAAAUCUUGAUUCUAAGUUUAAACGAUGGCACCAACUUUUUUUGGCUUGUGACAAUUGAAAUUGAAUCAGUGUUCACUUGCAACCCGUAAUCACAGCUUGUAUAUGUCUAUGAACUGUGGCUGGUUCCACCAGAGAGGGAGUUCCCUUCAAAACAUCUCGUAUUGUUUCAUUCAAAUAACUGUAGAGGCCAGAACAUUAUACUGUAUAUAUAGAUAUCACAAGAAAAGUGGUCAAAGUUAAUGAAAAAUUAAAAAGGAAGCAAAUCACAAUUUAGCUUUUUCUGUUUUCCUGAUUCCAGUGACUCUUUUCAUCGCCUCUAAGAUUAUCUUGUGACGACUUGGAUGCGUCCCGAUUUGGGAACCACUGAAAUUGCACAGUCAAUGUUCUAUAAUGUGAAAACUGAGCAAUAACGAUUGGACAGAAAUAGUAUGAUAUGAUAAAAUAAUAAUGAAAUGUAUGAACAUUGUAUAAACAGGUGAAUGGAUUUUAUUUUGAAAAAUGUUACUGCUUGUCACUGAGUUCAUUUGAGUACAGUACGGUAGCUGUGAAGGACAAAAGUAGAGAUUAUAGUUCUGGUAAGUCGAGAUGUUUCCUGUCAUUAAAACUAAAUCUGUAAUAUUUAAAAUGAAUAUAUUGUGUGAAUAUCCAUCUGUAAGUUGACACAUUUACACACCAAGGCUGAAGUUGCUGAUCAUACUCUCUUCAAGUCAUGUGGUUGUGUGUGUGUGUGUGUGUGUGUGUGUGUGUGUGUGUGUGUGUGUGUGUGUGUGUAUAUGAGAGAGAGAGAGGCAGGAACGUCAGUGUAUUCAUGUCAGAUAGAAAAAAAUAUUCUAUA